AUGGGAUCAGAAACCGAAGUGAAGCUUCCAAUCAUUGACUUCUCCAAAUUGGACUUGGAAUCCAAUGUUGCAGAGUGGGAAUCAGUGAAAUCCCAAGUUCACAAAGCACUUGCAGAGUAUGGUUCCUUUGAGGCUGUGUUUGAUAAAGUCCCUUCGGAUUUUCGAAAAGCCAUAUUUCUUGAAGUGGAAGAGCUAUUCGAUCUCCCUUUAGAAACCAAGCAACGCGUUGCGUCUAGUAGGCCAUACCGUGGUUAUGUUCAGCCUGUUGAAAUCUAUGAGAGCAUGGGAAUUGAGGAUGCUAAUGUUCAUGAGAAAGUGGAAAAUUUGAUCAAGAUCUUAUGGCCACAAGGAAAACCAAGUUUUAGCAAAAAUCUGCUAUUCUUCACUGAGCAAGUGUCAAGGUUGGAUCAGAUGAUUAGGAAGAUGAUUUUGGAGAGUUUAGGUGUUGAAAAGUAUUUGGAUGAGCACAUGAACUCUACAAAUUACCUUGCACGGCUUAUCAAGUACGAAGGCCCUCAAACUAAUGAACCAAAAGUUGGGAUAACAGAUCACACAGAUAAGAACUUAUUGACCAUCUUAUGUCAAAAUCAAAUUGAUGGUUUAGAGAUACAGACCAAAAGUGGAGACUGGAUCAAAUACAAGCCCUCAACAUCAACCAGUUUUGUUGUUGUCACCGGAGACACACUUUAUGCAUGGACUAAUGGAAGGGUGCACACACCGUUUCACCGAGUGAUGAUGACUGGAAAUGAGACAAGGUUCACUAUUGGACUGUUCACAGUUCCAAAGUCAGGGUUCGUAAUAAAGGCCCCAGAUGAGCUUGUGACUGAGGAGCACCCUUUGCUUUUCAAGCCCUUUGUCCAGAGUGAGUUCAUGAAGUUUGUUUACUCUUCUGAGAAAACAAAAAAUGCUCUGAAGGUUUAUUGUGGUGUUUGA